AUGAGUGCUGUCUUAACAAUAUCGUUAAUAGAGCAAUGGCAGUUAGCCUGGCUAGACGACACGCCGGAUCUGCAGGGCGCUGAGCCGCCCGACCAUGACUAUUCUUUUGAGAUUGUGUUAACUGAAGAGGGCUUGUGCUACACGUACAAUACAUUGUCGCAAGAUGAAAUAUUGAAAAAAGCAAGUGUACAAACGGAGUACGAGUACCUGACCUCCACUCAGCACAGCUGCGGCUGGACCAUGGAGGAGGGGUACGAGGGGGGGCGGCUCUUCAACGAGACCUACCCGCUGCGCGGCGCGAAAACGGGAAAAUACAACUUAAUGAUAGCUAUGCAAUCGUUUUUAACCGAUCACGAUGAAAUGUGCAACCCCUAUGGUAGUGGCUUUAAGAUCUUCCUGCACCAUCCGGCGGACCUGCCUCACUCAUCAGCCUACUCGUACGCCGCGCUGCCUGGCCAGCUGUCCAGCCUGGCGCUCACCUUCCACUCGACCACAACCUCGCACAACCUCCGGAAGUACCACCCUGAAGUGCGACAGUGCUACUUUCAAAACGAGCGAUUUUUGAGGUACUUCCACAUUUACACACAAAACAACUGCAUGCUGGAGUGUCGCGCCAACUACACCUUCCACCGCUGCCAGUGUGUGCCGUUCUACCUGCCGUAUAAAAACAGCGACAGCAUAUGUACUGCGUCAGAUUUAUUUUGCAUCACCGAAGCAAUUAAGCACCUGGGAGAGAGAGAGAUGCGAGCUAGCCUCGGCCUCGAGAGCGAGGCGUGCCGCUGCCUGCCCGCCUGCAACAGCGUCACCUACGAGGCGGAAAUACUCAAGACUGAGUACAACAUCAAGAACUCCUUAAAAAACUAUGCCAGGCUACACAAUGAGUCAUUCGGCAAUGAAUAUGAUAACGAUGAGUUCUCAGUCUUUGAGGUGUACUACAAGCAGGAGCGGUUCCCGUCGAUCCGGCGCUCGGAGCUGUUCGGCGUGACGGACGUGGUGGCCAACUGCGGCGGGCUGCUCGGCCUCUUCCUCGGCUUCUCCUUCCUCAGCAUCGUGGAGAUCGUUUACUUCACCACUUUGAGGUUAUUCUGCCAGAUCCGUAGAAGAAGACAGCUGGCGAAGGAAAAGAAAUGAAAACUAAUUAAUACCUAUUAUAAAGUUCUCUUAAAGGAAUCUUUAAAGAUAAGUGUAACGGCAUGUUAAUGUCUUUCUAAGUAUGGUUACCACUUGACUGUAAAAUGUAAACAGAUGCUUCUCGUACCAGGGACAGCAAAGGAAUUGCUUCUUAUGUUCCACAAGUAGGCAAAAAUGCUUAAUUUAGGGUUGUGGCGCGUUGCUUUAUUAUGUACACUUGCAACUUUUAGCAAUAGAACAAGCUGUUUCAUAUAUAUAUAAAAAACGCUGUGAAGACUAAAAUUGUUGUGGUCUCUGACUUCAACAGUGCUUUACACUUGUCUUGGCUUGCUGUACCUCGAAUUAUAGAGGAACAUCGUAUAGUAUCUUGGCGGCUAUUUUGGAGUUAGAGCUAGAGUACGGGCAAAUAAAUUAUAUUUCAAUGGGUUCUCAUUCAUCUCACGUUGGUUUUGAGGGUAAUGGAGGGGUGAAUAAAUUAGCUGGUGAGGCCUCAAUGGAUGAUGAAGUUCUUGAUUGCCUUCGUAUCUUUACUGAUAUGUUCCCAAUCAUUAGAACAGCAGGUUACUCUCAAUGGAAAGAAUACUUUGAUAAGCGCUCGUUAGAGAAAGGCUUUUAGAUUUAAAAAAGACAUUUAGAUCUAGAAAUUGGCGUAUGGCCUAUACGCCAAUUUCUAGAUCUACCUAAUGCUUAAAUCAGAAUCUUCUAAUUGUGAGGAAUGCGGCAGAGUGGAAGAUGUGUAUAUGUCGCAGGCAUCUGGUUGAAUCUCCUUUUUGGUUGAAUCACUAGCGCGUUCAUUGGACGACGCUAAUCAAUUGUAUGACUAGGCCGAACGUUGAUUGUAUCACAAAAUAUCCAACUAGUUAGCGGACUUAAAAUCAGUCAGGUGGUAAAUAAAACAAAUAUGACGUCUAACAGCUAACAACUGGCACAAAAAGCACCAGUAUUGUUAUUUUUUGCAAAUAAAUUUGCUUUAAAGUGCGUUAUUGGUGUUAAAACGUGUCACGUUUGUGUUAAUUAACGUUGUUAGUUGGUAAUAUGAUGCACCAUUAAAGGAAGUUAAAUAUUACAGAAGACGUCAUUAAGUUAGUUUUUUUCCGUUUAGGAAUAAUUUGAUGAUUUUCUGAAUGGAACUUUUUGUUUGCCCGUGAGUGUAGAACCCACGACCUUACGAAUGAAACUCGAGCAACUGAUUCGUUCCACCGCCACUGCUUUUUUAGCUUAAUUUAACAUACUGUUUGUAAAAUUAACAACUUUAUUCUGCUCCUCCAAGGGCUACUUAUAUAGAAGAAAGAAAGAAAGAAAGAAAGAGACUUGUCAUAGGCACUUACUCAUAAAAUAAUUCUGUAUACGCACCUAAAUUUGAAUAAAAAUGU